GAGGCGAGGAGUUCAUCCGGGCCUUGGACGCUUCCUUCCUUUCGCGCCGGUUGCCGCUGCGGAGCGCGGCGAGUCCAUGUGCGCAGUGAGUGGCGCUAUUCCUGGCUCAGUAGCACCCGUGCCCCGGGUUUGACCGAGUCCACGCUGCGAUGGAUCCCAACACCAUUAUCGAGGCCCUGCGGGGCACCAUGGACCCGGCUCUGCGUGAGGCUGCGGAGCGCCAGCUCAAUGAAGCACAUAAAUCUCUGAAUUUUGUUUCAACACUGCUCCAGAUUACUAUGUCAGAGCAACUGGAUUUACCUGUAAGACAGGCAGGUGUUAUCUAUUUGAAAAAUAUGAUAACGCAGUAUUGGCCUGAUCGGGAAACAGCACCAGGAGAUAUCUCCCCUUACACUAUUCCAGAAGAAGAUCGACAUUGCAUUCGAGAAAAUAUUGUAGAAGCUAUCAUCCACUCACCUGAGCUUAUCAGGGUACAGCUUACUACAUGCAUUCAUCAUAUCAUCAAACAUGACUAUCCAAGCCGCUGGACUGCCAUUGUGGAUAAGAUCGGCUUUUAUCUUCAGUCUGAUAACAGUGCUUGUUGGCUAGGAAUUCUUCUUUGCCUUUAUCAGCUUGUGAAAAAUUAUGAGUACAAGAAACCAGAAGAGCGGAGUCCAUUGGUAGCAGCAAUGCAGCAUUUCCUGCCAGUUCUUAAGGAUCGUUUCAUCCAGCUUCUUUCUGACCAAUCUGAUCAGUCUGUCCUCAUCCAGAAACAAAUAUUCAAGAUUUUCUAUGCUCUUGUUCAGUAUACACUACCCCUGGAGCUGAUAAACCAACAGAACCUGACAGAAUGGGUAGAAAUUUUGAAGACUGUUGUAAAUAGGGAUGUACCUAAUGAAACACUUCAAGUUGAAGAAGAUGAUAGACCUGAGUUACCAUGGUGGAAAUGUAAGAAGUGGGCUUUACAUAUUUUAGCAAGGCUUUUUGAGAGAUAUGGAAGUCCUGGGAAUGUUUCCAAGGAGUAUAAUGAAUUUGCUGAGGUAUUUCUGAAGGCAUUUGCUGUUGGUGUCCAGCAAGUUUUAUUGAAGGUGUUGUAUCAGUAUAAGGAGAAGCAAUACAUGGCUCCUCGAGUUUUACAACAGACAUUAAACUAUAUUAAUCAAGGAGUUUCCCAUGCCCUUACCUGGAAGAAUCUGAAGCCUCAUAUACAAGGCAUUAUCCAAGAUGUUAUUUUUCCAUUGAUGUGCUAUACAGAUGCUGAUGAAGAACUUUGGCAAGAAGACCCUUAUGAAUAUAUACGCAUGAAGUUUGAUGUGUUUGAAGAUUUCAUUUCUCCUACUACUGCUGCCCAGACACUUUUGUUUACAGCCUGUAGUAAGAGGAAGGAGGUACUGCAGAAGACUAUGGGAUUUUGUUACCAGAUUCUUACAGAACCAAAUGCUGAUCCUCGAAAAAAAGAUGGAGCCUUGCAUAUGAUUGGUUCAUUAGCUGAAAUACUUUUGAAGAAAAAGAUCUACAAAGAUCAGAUGGAAUAUAUGUUACAGAAUCAUGUAUUCCCUCUCUUCAGCAGUGAACUAGGCUACAUGAGAGCACGGGCUUGCUGGGUACUUCACUAUUUUUGUGAAGUGAAGUUCAAAAGUGAUCAGAACCUCCAAACAGCCUUAGAGCUAACAAGAAGAUGUCUGAUUGAUGAUAGAGAAAUGCCUGUGAAAGUGGAAGCUGCCAUUGCACUUCAAGUAUUGAUCAGCAAUCAAGAAAAAGCUAAAGAAUACAUCACACCAUUUAUCAGACCUGUAAUGCAGGCCCUUCUUCAUAUUAUAAGAGAAACAGAAAAUGAUGAUCUUACCAAUGUAAUUCAGAAAAUGAUCUGUGAAUAUAGUGAAGAAGUUACUCCUAUUGCAGUAGAAAUGACACAACAUUUGGCAAUGACAUUUAACCAAGUAAUCCAGACUGGGCCAGAUGAAGAAGGAAGUGAUGACAAAGCAGUCACUGCUAUGGGAAUUCUGAACACAAUUGAUACACUUCUCAGUGUAGUUGAAGAUCAUAAAGAGAUAACCCAGCAGCUUGAGGGAAUCUGCUUACAAGUCAUUGGCACUGUUUUACAACAGCAUGUCUUAGAAUUCUAUGAGGAGAUCUUCUCUUUAGCACAUAGUUUGACAUGUCAGCAAGUGUCUCCACAGAUGUGGCAGCUACUACCCCUUGUAUUUGAAGUCUUUCAACAAGAUGGUUUUGAUUACUUUACAGACAUGAUGCCUCUUCUGCAUAAUUAUGUAACAGUUGAUACAGACACACUUCUAUCUGAUACCAAGUAUCUUGAGAUGAUAUACAGUAUGUGCAAAAAGGUUCUUACAGGAGUUGCAGGAGAAGAUGCAGAGUGUCAUGCAGCAAAAUUGUUAGAGGUCAUCAUUCUACAGUGCAAAGGACGUGGCAUUGACCAGUGCAUUCCCCUAUUUGUGGAAGCAGCAUUAGAGAGACUAACAAGAGAGGUGAAGACAAGUGAACUUCGAACAAUGUGCCUGCAGGUUGCAAUUGCAGCCUUAUAUUAUAAUCCACAUCUACUACUCAAUACCUUAGAAAAUCUUCGCUUCCCUAAUAAUGUUGAACCAGUUACAAAUCAUUUUAUUACACAGUGGCUUAAUGAUGUUGACUGUUUCCUGGGGCUUCAUGACAGAAAGAUGUGUGUACUGGGCCUGUGUGCUCUUAUUGAUAUGGAACAAAUACCACAAGUUUUAAAUCAGGUUUCAGGACAGAUUUUGCCAGCUUUUAUUCUUUUAUUUAAUGGAUUAAAAAGAGCAUAUGCCUGCCAUGCAGAACAUGAGAAUGACAGUGAUGAUGAUGAUGAAGCUGAAGACGACGAUGAAACUGAGGAACUGGGGAGUGAUGAAGAUGACAUUGAUGAAGAUGGGCAAGAAUAUUUGGAGAUUCUGGCUAAGCAAGCAGGUGAAGAUGGAGAUGACGAAGAUUGGGAAGAAGAUGAUGCUGAGGAGACUGCUCUGGAAGGCUAUUCCACAAUUAUUGAUGAUGAGGACAACCCUGUUGAUGAAUAUCAGAUAUUUAAAGCUAUAUUUCAAACUAUUCAGAAUCGUAAUCCUGUGUGGUAUCAAGCCUUGACUCAUGGUCUAAAUGAAGAACAAAGAAAACAGUUACAGGACAUAGCAACUCUAGCCGAUCAAAGAAGAGCAGCCCAUGAGUCCAAAAUGAUUGAAAAGCAUGGAGGAUACAAAUUCAGUGCUCCAGUUGUGCCAAGUUCUUUCAAUUUUGGAGGCCCAGCACCAGGGAUGAAUUGAGUUAAUCAUUUUCUUUCCUGCUGUGUGAUUGUAGUGAAGAGCUUGUGUUCCUCCUAGUAGUGGUUCCAGAACUGGUUCAUGUUAUCUAUUCUAAGCUUAUUGAUCAAUAGAUGGACAAAAAACCCCAGGAGGUGGGACCUGAUCAUGCAACCUGGUACUGGAAGAAAAACCAGAGGGAUUGGGGUUGGGGAUAACUUGGGGGGUAUUUUCUUUAUUUUUGAAGAAAGUAAGAUCCUGACUCUGAAUCUUCAAAUGACACUGUGGAAAUCUGAAACAAGAGGGGAUGUCAUGAAGGCAGCUUUUCUUUUUCUGAGGAAAAAAAUAGGCAUGGGCUACAGGACUAUUUAAAAUGUCUCAUUUACAGUAUAAAGCUCAGAGGUAGAUGUAAUUUUUACACCUAUGAGUAUCUGUCUGAUCUGUCUCUUCCUUACCAUUGGGUAUCCUUUCUAUGUAUAUAAGAUAAGGUAAGAUAAGCCUUAUUCGGUCUUCAUCAUUUUCAUUCAUCAAAGAUUGUUCCUAUGUAGAUUAUUGGACAUUUAUUGUAGCACUACAUAACUGAUUUAAAAAUCUGUAAAUGAAUUAGCACUUUCAUAUUGAAACAAGCCUGCUAGCCUAUGUAUAAAAGCAAAAAUGUUUGCUGUUUAUAAGAAGGGAUGUGAUGGGGUGGGGGGGCAGGGGUAAUUUCAAGUUAAUUAUUAAUUUAAAAAUGAACUAGCAAUUUUGUACCUGGUGACUUUGUGGUGCACUCACCUCUGAUAGUGACUUGAAUUCGGUAUGUAAAAAGGGGUUAGUGAUAUUUUAUUGCUGCUAAAAAUGGCAACUCCCUCUGUGUCCUUUUUUUUUUUUCCUUAAAGCUCUCAGUGUACAAGUGGGUAUUUGGAUACAAGACCUUACUGUAACAAAUAAGGAAGGUGAUAUCUUAAGCAUGUGAAAUGGAUAUAAAGUUCUACUCUUAAAGAGUUGAUCUUAGAGUAUGGCUAAACAUCUAUAUAUGCAAUCUAUUAAAAGAACUUAAUUCGGCUAUUAUGUCUUGAUUUGAUUGCAGUUUUGUUCCUAAUUAUAACCCCACCACCACUGCCACCAUUGGCCUGUUUUUAUCCUAUGCAAGUGUGCAAAAUGAACACUUGACAUCUAACACCUGCCCAUUCCCCUUUCCCCAUCUCUUGAUGAUUGUGGCAUCUGAUCUUAACUAGGUAUGCUGAAGGCCCAUGGUUCCCUCCAAAACCACUAUUGAUACCACUGCAAAAUCAAGCCAGCAACGAGACAGUGUAGAGAGGUCGGGUUGCUUCCCUCUCUUCCUAAUUGCAUGUUCAAAAAUAAGCCAUUAUUGAUCUUAAACAUCUGCAGGAUGAAUCAUACAUUGGAUUAUUUUUUAUAUAGAUGUAAACACGAUAUUUCAAAUUGAAAGCAACAUCUCAGUGGAUUCAAAAUUAUUACAUGCUGUUGUCUAAAACAGAUUAGAAAAUUUAUAACUGUAAAAAUGAAAUGCACAUAUUGAUAUUUAAAAUGCAUAAUUAAGAAAACCCAUUGGUGUUGUGUUUUUCUUGUAUACAAUAAUUGAGCCACUGCUAUUGGCACUGUUUGGUUUUCUAUUUUAACACUGAAGGAGUGAAAGUAUUUCCUAUAUUUAUGAAUUUACUACUAAAAUCUUUACCAAAAAAAAAAAAGUCUGUCUAAAAUGUUUGGAUGAAAACUGUUAAUCAAGUGUUUCUUUACCCCCUCCUCUCGCCAAGUUGGACACCAAGUGUAUAACCUAGGUUGCUUAAGGGGAUUUCACAAUUAUAUCAAAUCAAUAAAGUAAAAAUGGAGUAGUUGUAUA